AUGAUCAACUUUGAUUCUGGCACCUUCUUCAAAGACACACUCCACGCCCAAUUUGCAGCUUUGCAUCAGACGAGCCCGUUCCCAGCACACCGCCUGAGCUUUCUGCUUUUGCAGUUACCCUCUCCCCUUGUCCGCCCGGAACAUGCCCCCUGCCCGCUCCUGGCCACGGCCCCGGCGCCGGCCCCGGCCCCGACCGCGGCCCCGGGCGUCCUGUCCCGCUCUCGCCACCACCCGGCUCCAGCCGAGCUGGCGCUGGCGCUUCUGGGCGGGCCUCAGUGCCUGGGGCUGGGGCGCGCUGACCGCCGCGUCUCUUCCCCAGGGAAGGCGCAGGAGGCCCUGCAGCAGCGCUACAGGAUCGGCUCGCUGCUGGGGCGCGGCGGAUUCGGCAGGGUUUUCUCGGCCACUCGGCUCUCGGAUGGCGCCCCGGUGGCCAUCAAAAAGGUGCCACGGAACCGCAUCCGGGACUGGGGCGAGCUGCCCGACGGCACCAGCGCACCAUUGGAGAUAGUGCUGCUGGACAAGGUGUCCACAGGCUUCUCCGGUGUGGUGCAACUGCUCGAGUGGUUUGAGCUCCCCAAGCACAUCGUGAUGGUGCUGGAGCGCCCAGAGCGAUGUGAGGACCUGCGGCGCUACAUUCGGGCACGGAUAUUCCUGUCCGAGGAAGAGGCGCGGGAGCUUUUCCGGCAGGUGCUGGAGGCCGUGCAGCACUGCACCAGCUGCGGGGUCCUUCACAGAGACAUCAAACCGGAGAACAUCCUGGUUGAUCUGGACACCGGCGUGGCAAAAUUGAUUGACUUUGGCUGUGGCACCUACCUGCAGGACACAGCC